GAAUGAAUGCUACAUUCACUAAUGUUGAUUGAAAAAUAGUGAAAAUAGCUCAUUCUGGAUUCACCAUGCUAACAACAACUUGGGCUACAAGUCAAACCAUUAUCAAUAGUUAAACCCAAUGGUGAAAAAAUCACAUUGGGUCUGUAAAUGGGUCCGUAAAUGUCACUCAGGGCGUGUUGUGUGGUAGAGGGUAGCUAGCACAAAUCAGCUAACAUGAGAUGUUGAACACAGAAGCACUAGACUCACACUCAUUGAACCUGCGCUGUGAGGAAAUUGAUACGAGAUGCAAUGGUGAUAUAAAUGAUAGUGGUUCACACAACGACACAGAGGACAUGUCGGUGCUCUAUUCUUCUGUUCUGCAUUUGGCAAUGCUUCUGAGUCUCCACUCAGGUUUGCAGAACCUAACUACACUGCCAAAUCCAACAGCAGUCAUAUUACACAAAGGAAAUUCAGUGACGAUCCACUGCACCCACAAUUUACCCAAUGACAUUGAAAUAUUUACAGUAACUAUAAAAGGAACAGAGGUGCUGUGCUUUUCUCAGUUUAACAGACAAGAGUGUCUGGUGUCGAAGACAUGUAAAGAAACCAUACAAAUUAAGUGGAAUAAUGAGACCAGAGAAAUCUUCUUUUCACUGAUGAAUCUACAGAUAAAUGAUUCUGGACUUUACUCUUGUGAAGUGAAAAGAGCUGCACCUCCACCUGCACAAGUUUUCUCAAAAAACAUAACUAUUUGUGUAACAGCCCCUCCUGCAGUGUCUGUGUCUGAUGUAAAGGAGUCCAGUAGUGGACUUCCCAUGUUGCUGUGCUCCUCUCAGGGGUUUUACCCAAAGACCAUAGAGCAGGUGUGGUUUAGAGAUGGUCAGCUCCUCAACACCAGACUUUCAGACAGGCAGAGAGAGGUCAACACAGAUGGUUCCAUCACCGUCCACUCCUACCUGCCUCUGUCCUCAGGACCCAGCCAGGCUGGCCUCUAUCUCUGCUGGGUCAACCACUCUUCCCUCAGCCAUCCCAUCACUGUCAAUCACACAGUCAUGUCCAAUGGUGUCCCAGUGCGUUGGCCAUUUAUUGUGGUCAGCAUUGGAGCAGUCUUGAUUCUAGUGGUCCUUAUCAUCAUGAUCAUCAAGUGUACACAUUUCAUGCAUUUGGUCCAGUUGAUCAAUGUCACAUUGAUUUUUAUCCAGAGAGAGUCAAACACCUUUUUCUUUUUGGAACAUCCCAAGAACCUGUCCACACUGUCUCCUCCGUGACUGAGAACAUCAUCUACUCAACACUGGGAGACCAUCAUCCAAUCACUCUCUCCACUGCUGUACCAACAUAGACAAGGGAUCAACAAGCAGUACUGUACCAAUAGGGCCAUAGACAGUACCACCUGAUGUACCAAAUCCUAGGAUGGGAUCCUAGCCGCAGAUGAAUCAUGUAGGACUUUCUCAGAAUCACCAUGUUUGGGACACUUGACUGGGGAAUGGAAAAAUAUACAUUUGCUUGUAGGCUAUCUAUUCUAAGUAUGUGCAUAAAAUCAAUUUGAUGUUGAAUGGUUGUCCAUACUGUAAUGCCUCUGACUAUGUUAAUCUCAGAUAAUCCAAUGACGACUGUCAUUGAUACCAGUAAUAGUCUCUCUAUGUCUGGGUAGCAGCCCAGUACAAUUCCUCCUCCCAGCUGCCCACUGCACUGAGGCUAGGAAACACUGUCACCACUGAUAAAUCCAUGAAAAUUGAGAAUUUCAAUAAGCAUUUUUCUACAGCUGGCCAUGCUUUCCAUCUGGCUACCCCUACCUUUUCUCUAUUGUGUUAUUGGUUGUAUGUUUGUUUAUUCCAUGUGUAACUCUUGUGUUGUUGUUUGUGUCGCACUGCUUUGCUUUAUCUUGGCCAGUUCGCAGUUGUAAAUGAGAACUUGUUCUCAACUAGCCUAUCUGGUUAAAUAAAGGUGAAAUAAAACAAAUACAUUUUUUUUUUAAUGAUAUACCAUUAAAAAACAUAUUACAUUUUA